AUGGCGCACGAAGGCUCGAGACAGGAGAGGCAGAUGCGAGACCGCGCGGUGACCCGGUCCAAGGCGGAAAAGGCAAGGCCGCCUACCGUGCCGGUGCCACAGGUCGACAUCGUGCCCGGACGGCUCAACGAGGCCGAGUGGAUGGCGCUCGCGGCCCUCGAGGAGGGCGAGGACGUGGUGGGGGACAUCUUGGCCGAGCUGCUGGCUCGAGUCAUGGACUCUGCCUUCAGCGUCUACCUGGCCCAGCAGUGCAUUCCGUUCACCAUCAGCCAGGCCCGGGAGGCCAUGCUGCAGAUCACAGAGUGGCGCUUCCUGGCGCGGGACGAAGGAGAAGCUGCGGUGGCCGAGGACCCCACAUGGGGCGAGGACGAGGAGCCCUCGGCGUGCACGACAGACUCCUGGGCUCAGGGCUCGGUGCCCGUGCUGCGUGCGCCUGCCUCGGCGCGACUGGGGGAGAAUUUCCGAGUUGAAGUAAGCCCCGGCCUGGCUUCGCCUCCCGGGAAGCCUCUCGGGACUCCUGCUCUGCGUCGACCCUUUCUGACCUCCCGCUAUCCCGGUGCAUUUCCCCAGGACCCUGGGAGCGUGACCCGGAUCCCUUUGGGAAGAUCAUGGACGGGUAGAGGCUCCCUGGAACAGAUGGAACCUCGGAAGCCGCCUUCGGAGCUGAACGCCACCCCAGCGGCCGCUUCCUUGUCCGAGCCGUUUCCAGAAGCCGGGCCCAGCGGUCCUGCAGAGGAGUCGGAAGGCCGGUCGGGGAGCCGCUUCCCCUUGGCCAGGUCCUUGAACGUGGGCUUCCAGCCGUCGGUGGAAGCGGUGUCCGCCGACAGUCUCCCUGCUUCUCCGGAGCAGUCCCUGGGAGCCAGCCCCCCGGCCUCGGCCGAGAGGUCCCGGCCCCUCGGCUCCCAGAUGACGCUGGAAGACCUCUACGAUUGCAUGCCUCAACUGGAGGCUGCUGGGAACCGGAUGGAGCUCCAGACACAGGGGGUGUCCCGCUUGGCAUCGAGCACGUUGGUGUCCUGCCCGCCUGGGGGUGGCCGGGCUCAGUUCGGCCGCUCAGCUUCCUUCCCGUCUCCGCAGCCCGGGCACUUGGAGGUGCGGCUGGGCAAGCUUCGUCACAGGGGGGGCCGCAAGGCGUCCGUGGGGCGUCUGGACCCCGCGCGGCUCCCACGCCACUGGGUGUACCCCACGGUCGAGAUCCUGGUCCCAGGCUCCGAGACCCGCCCCUUGGAAGCCUCCUGCGGGCGCCAGCGGGGAGAGAAGACCGAGGCCCCGGCUGAAUCCCAAGCCCCCGACCCCGGCGUCUCGCCAGCAGCGUUUUCCCCCCGCUCAUCUGGCGUUCCUUUGGGUGCGGUGGGCCCUGGCCAAUUCCCCACUUUAAACUUAGACCUGCCGUCCCCACCCUUCGCAUCAAAGCUGCCAUUCCCCGGCCCUGGGAUCCACUUCGCCACCAGGCACACAGCGCUCCCUAACCUGGCCUGCAGCUCCAGCCCCAAGCUGUGGCCCAGUGCCAAGUGGCCCAGCGGCUGGGAGGGGGAGGCCGAGCUGCUGGGUGAGCUGUGGGCAGGCCGGACCCGUGUGCCCCCACGAGGCCUGGGACUCACAGAUGGGGAGCGUCAGGAUCCUUACAGAUAUCCUCAAACCAUGCCAAAGGUCCUUGAAGCCACAUCCCAGGUGAUGUGGAAACCCAUGUUGCUGCCCGAAGCCCUGAAGCUGGCCCCUGGUGUGAGCAUGUGGAACCCCAGCACCCAGGUGCUGCUCAGCUCUGCUGUGCCUCAACAAGAGGACAAAGAGGGGGGCAGCUUUCCUCCCGCUGAGCAGCAUCCCAUCCAGACAGGUGCCCUGAAGCCCCAGGUGACCGUGGCACAGCUAAUGAAGAACUCAGCCCCCAAAGUGUGGUCACUCCCCUCCAAGCCUCUGCUCCACUCUGAGCCCUGAGCCCCUGGCAAUGGGAACUAGCCCGUCCCUCUGUUUGCCUGCCAGAAAUAAACAUCUGAGUUGCUUUAGGAAUUGC